AUGAUGAAACUAUUUGUCUUCGCUUCCCUUGUUGCAAUCGCAUUUUGCGCACCACGUGAAAAACGACAAUUGUCAGUGAGCACAAUUGCUGUGACUGGAGCUGGAGGAAGUCAAGGAUGUGUUGUAACUGGAAAUGUUUUGUAUGCAAAUGGUAUCAAAUUGAGAGAUUUGACGGCUGCUGAACAAACCGAAUUGACCACUUACCAAACUGAAGUUGAGCAAUAUAAAAAUGUAAGUUAGAUGAGGCGAAAAAUUGAACUACAGACUCAGAAUUUCUUGUUGGGGAUUACUGUAGCUAAAUAUAGAUAUUUGAUCCAAUUUUCGAUCUUUUUGGAUAAGAAAUUUCUGAGAGAUAUCCAAAAGAAUCAAGCCAGAAAAAAUGUUGAAUUUAAUAAUUUUCUUUUCAUUUUCAUUAUUCUAUUUUUUCAGCAACUCCGUGAGAUUUUGAACCAACGUCGUGAAAACUUGAAGAGCCGUUUGAUGAGCCGUGGACAACCACAACAACAGCAACAACAACAAAAUAACCAAGUUGACAACGAAGAAAACCUUCCAAAAGCCCCAGAAAAGCCAUCAUUCUGCACAGCUGAAGAAACAACUCAAUAUUAUUUCGAUGGAUGUAUGGUUCAAAAUAACAAAGUCUACGUUGGUGGACAAUUUGCUCGUGAUCUAUCUUCUGAUGAACAAUCACAACUCAAAACUUUCGAUACUGAACAAACUGCUUAUCAAAAGGCUGUUCAAGCUCAAAUGCAAACUGUAAGUUUUUUUUAAUUUUAACCCAACUUCAGAUAGAUAAUAAUUCAUUUUCAGCAAGUUCGUGGACUCUUCGGUGGUUCUGAUUUCUUGUCUGCUUUGUUUGGCGAAGAUUCUGGAGUCAAUCAACAACAAGCAGUUGCUACAACUCCAGCUUCGACUGGAACCUCAACUUUGCCACCAAAACCAACUGUUCCACAAUUCUGCACUGCUAUCUAUUAA